AUUAUAUAUGUCACCGGACUACCUCGAGUGCUUGUAUUUAUGCAUUUGUUGUCAUGUAUACUCAUAAGUUUAGGGUUGUCCUACCUCAAUAAAGACCUGUCGUAGAGACAAUACGGUAGCUAUAUCAGUUGGUCGUGAAGAGGGAGCCGCAUUCCACACGACACAUAAACACCAGUCAGGUAAGCCAAACCUAUAUUUCUAUUAUAUAUGUCACCGGACUACCUCGAGUGCUUGUAUUUAUGCAUUUGUUGUCAUGUAUACUCAUAAGUUUAGGGUUGUCCUACCUCAAUAAAGACCUGUCGUAGAGACAAUACGGUAGCUAUAUCAGUUGGUCGUGAAGAGGGAGCCGCAUUCCACACGACACAUAAACACCAGUCAGGCUGCGGCUGAUGACGCUCGGCGAUGGACUCGGGUGAUGCAUUCUUCUCGGACAAUAGCGAGAACUACACUCUGAGGGAAUUCUUUGAGGAACACGAGAACAACCUGCCAAAGCUGAUACUAGUUACUCAAGGUCAAUGUGGCCUGACAGACAUAGAGACAGUUCCAGCAUAUCAGGUCAUCCGAUGUCACACGUUCAUUCGACAGAGGCGAGUGAUGGCGAAGACCAAACGGCAGAUUAACGUCAGCAUACCCGUCGAUUCACAACACCUGUUCAGAGUGAACUCAGAGCGGAAACCUUGCGCGACACAAAGCCUUCGGGAUAUACUGAGAGACAAUGUUCUACCGGUUAAAGUGGAAUUCGCCGUCGAUGGCGACGAUUUAAUAGCUCUAAACGGAGAGAAGACCGACGUCACUGACUUUGGCUCACUACAGCUCACAGAUGUCUAUGAAGUAGUCUAUCUUAUAGGGCAUGGCGUCGAUGAAACCGAGCUUGACGACACACCCUUCGUGGUUCCACUGUACCUGAACGACGUGCUGCUGUCAACCGUUAAUGGCAUCAAGGGCAAGUCUACAGGGUACUUCAUGAAUCUGAUGACCUUCUUCAACUCACGGAUGGAAGCCAUGGCACUUGACACAGUGGCACCAGAAGACAUUGCCAUUUACUCCAACGAGUCGGUAAAAGCCCAAGAAACACCCUAUGAAGCCGUAGAACCUUACGACUAUGUGAAGCUGAAAAUGCGGAAAGUGAAAGCAUACGCUGGAUCAUCCAUCGGGGGAAAUAACCCACAGAAUCAAGAUAAUGAGGAAAUAUACGACGACGUAAGCCUACCUGGAGAAGAUAAAGAACAGUAUGCUUCAGCUGAAGCGGCUGACGAUGAAGAUACAUACUACAGUGUCAGCCCGAGAGAGAAGUCACCCAAGACAGGACUACUCAAACAGGCGAAGGGACAUUUCAAGACGCUGAGGAAAAAGAUCAUCACUAAGCGUGCUUCUAUACACGUGGACACUGUAAGCAGCGACAAGAAGGGACCCAACUGGUCCUGGCGUUGGCCAAUAGCACGGGGGACCCAAGAUAAUCUAUACACCAGAAUGCAACAAAAGCGGAAGUCUUGGUCGUUCAGAUCUCCAAUACAUGCUCAGAGCCAGGGGAAAGGUCAAAGUGGAAGUGAUAGUGAUGACUGCGCCGCCCCUCACACAUUUGUGGGAAGUACUGAUCCUAGGUCUUUUCCUACCAGGGAUUUGAGCAUUGAGGAGCUUGCGUUGAAAAUGCAAGAUUUACACUUGGGUAAAUACAUGCCUUUGUUCAAAGAGAAUCAGAUUGACGGGCACAUUGCUGUGGAACUUACUGACGAUAUGUUAAGGAAGGAAUUCCAUUUUUCGGCCAUUGAGGUAUUUAAAUUUCAGCACUUCCUCAGAACUGGACACAUUCCAAAUUGAAACAAUAUGUUCCUAAAUGUGUCGGUAGUUUAUCAACCACCUUUCCUUCAGGAAUGAUUGUUGAGACUUUCCAAAAAUGUGACUGAGCACGUUCUAGGCUGAUGAUCACAUACCAAGAUACCAAGAUCCAUACUCAACGAAUGACCUCAAGUAAUGUUAUAGAGUUUAAUGUAUAACUCUCUGAUUUCUUCAUUUCUAAAUGGCAUCACCAAGGGAAAUUGUCACGAUGCUACAUGACACGCCACCACCAACGAAGGUAACUGGAAUUUUGAAUGUUCUAAUCAACAUUGCCUUAUAAUGAAGAUUCAUCGAACGCUUCCGUUGGAGUGGGUUUUCAUAUUUUAUCAAAUGAAUCUUAUAUUAUAUUUCCAUUUGUCACUGACCAUGUUAAAAUGAUAUUUCACAAAAGUGGUCGAAAUUUAAUCGACGAAGGAUAUCAGAAGUUACGAGCCUGGCAUAUAUAGCUAUAUAUAGGUUGUUGUUAUGCUUACGUGCGAUAUAUAUUAGUUUUUCACCUCUGUGAUAUGACUGAGCAAGUUCUCAGCUGACAAUCAGAACAAAUACUCCCUAAGAUGCCAAGGGCCAUAUUCCAUGAAGGACUCAAGUAAUGGCAUGAUAGAGUGUAAUGUACAAUUUUCAAUGUGACCAUACUGAAAAAUGUGUUGUUCAUUUCCGAAUGACAACAUGGCCCUAAUACUAUCUCUGUGACCGUCCUCCCUGACAGUGAGGAUACCAUACUCCCUGACACCUAUGGGUGAGUGAGUGAGUUUGUCUUUACGUCGCUUUUAGCAAUAUUCCAGCAAUAUCACAGCGUGGGACACAAGAAAUGGGCUUUACACAUUGUACCCAUUGGAUCUUCGGCGUGACGAGCGAACGCUUUAACCACUAGGCUACCCCACCGCGCCACCAAUUCUCAGUGACCACUGGCGCUUUUUUAGACGUCACUUUUAUCAACUCGUGUUUGUGUUUUUGAUAUGAAAAGACACUCGGGUGAGAUUCUCUAUAUAUUUUACAUUUUUAUUCACAUUGCAUUAGCAAGACCAGUUUUCUAUACAUAUUUAGGUAUUCCUGAACUUGUGAUUCUUCCCAUAUACAUUCGGAAUGUAAUUCCUCAGUGAUUUCAACA